AUGGCGAUGGAAACUAGUGUUCGCCAGUAUUCGGAGCGACAAGGAGCAUCUUUACCAUUUGACGUUGGAGCUAACGAUAACGAAGGCAAGCUGUCGUGUCUGGUCGGGCUCUUGAAAGUUCACCGUGUCGAUGACAGCUUGCCACAUCUUGCGCGGGCUCACGAGACCCCGACCACCCGACCCACCAUCCUACAUCGUCCAGCCCGGCCAGCUCAUCUAUGCACAAACGUGGCCUACUGUUCCGCUACCCGCGGUAGUCCUACUGGCGCAUCAACGCCCAAAGUUCUACUCACGACUGACGAGGAGUCUAGAGAACUUGAUAUCGCCAUUGUAUUAGGUUCGGGCUGGCUCCAGGAUCCCACUUGGUGCUACUCUGUUACGCAUACGAAUCCAUUCCUUUUUGACCCUGAUCAACGCGAAAUAGUUCCGUCGCAUUGGAAAAUUGGGGAUGAUACUCUCAAUGCCCUCCGUUCUCGUCUUCAUACCGGACAGAACACUGGCACAGCGAACGAAGAAUCCAGCAAGCGCUUGACUUUCACGGUGAAUGAUUCUUGUCCUUACGUUUACAUCAAAGUGCACUCGUUGGGUUCAGAUACCCUAUCAUACACCGCUAGCGGACAAGCAGUUCACUGGGAGUCAGAACAGGGAUGGUUUGACGAGCUCAUCCCAAUAUCAAGAGACGUGAUGCUGAUAAAGGGUAUCGGCGGAGGUUUCUGGAUAGUGGACAAACUCGUGGUAUCGAUGCGGCGUGCUUUUCGGACAGUCAUUUCGAUCCUGACAUCAGUGAAUGCCACGCCCGGAAAGAACGGGACCCAUCCCAAACCCUAG